CCAUACUAUCGAUAGUGCCAUCGAUAAUUUGCCACCUCUAGUUUCCAACAUGUCUAGUCAAUUGAAAAUAAUAAACGGGAUACACAUAUUAAAAAGUAGAGAAAUACAAGUUUAAUGCUACCCUUAACUUUACUUAAGACCGCUCAGAGCCAUCCAAUGCUGGUUGAAUUGAAAAAUGGAGAAACCUAUAAUGGACACUUGGUGAGCUGUGAUUCAUGGAUGAACAUAAAUCUUCGCGAUGUUAUUUGUACAUCAAAGGAUGGAGACAGGUUUUGGCGUAUGCCUGAAUGCUAUGUGCGAGGAAGUACGAUCAAAUAUUUACGAAUUCCCGAUGAAGUUAUUGACAUGGUAAAGGAUGAUGCACAUAUUAAAGCGCGAAAUCGCAUGGAAAUCAAUAAAGGGCGUAUAGGUUCUGGAGCACAAAAUCAAAACCUUAGAAGCCAAAUUCGACCAAGGUAUAAGAAUGCCCAACCUAAUGGUGUAAAACCUGUUCAACGCGCCCCGAAUUCGCAUCUAUCGCAUCCCUCCACCACUAACAAGAACAGAAAAUGACUUCUUUAAGUGUCCACAUGCUUGAUGGAUUUAUUCUGAAAAAAAUUUUAUUUGCAUCAAAAAUAAAGUUUCUAACGUUGCGGUAGUUUUUGUUAAUUCGCUUUAGUAUUACCAGACCACCACUAACAAGAACAGAAAAUGACUUCUUUAAGUGUCCAUAUGCUUGAUGGACUUAUUCUGAGUAAAAAAUUUAAUUUGCAUCAAAAAUAAAGUUUCUAUCUAACGUU